AUGAAGAGAGGCCGUGGUGGUUCUGGUGGAAAUAAACUCAGAGUUACCUUGGGUUUACCAGUAGGGGCCCUAAUUAACUGCUGUGAUAACUCCGGAGGUAAAAAUUUGUAUCUUAUUGCUGUUAAGGGAACUGGAGCCUGUCUCAACAGACUCCCAUCCGCAUCAGUUGGAGAUAUGGUAUUGGCAACUGUAAAGAAGGGAAGGCCUGACCUUAGGAAGAAGGUUUUGCCUGCAGUUAUCGUUCGCCAGAGGAAGGCCUGGAGACGCAGGGAGGGUUACUUCAUCUACUUUGAGGAUAACGCUGGAGUCAUCGUGAACCCUAAGGGUGAAAUGAAAGGCUCUGCCAUUAAUGGUCCUGUAGCUAAGGAGUGUGCUGAACUCUGGCCUAAAAUCUCAGCUGCAGCACCUUCAAUCGUUUAA